AAAUAGUCUACCGUACUGUGAAUUUUAUUUUUUGCUAUUGUCGGCAUUAGAAGCUGGUAAAACUCUUUCCAAGAUUCGAACGUUGUUACCGAGCACAUGGCUUUGCCCAAGAACGUAUUCGUUGCUCUGAUCUUCUGUUUGGGUAUUUAUCCGCGUAGCACGUUCUGCCGGACACACUUUAGCAAAUACGACGUGCUUCUGGACCAUUCGACUAAUUACAGUAAGUUUGAAAACAGUUUCGCUGCAAAAGGAAGUGGGAAAUGCUUAGGUGAGUUAGGUUGUUUUGAGACUGGAGGUGACUUCUUUCACCCCAUCUUCCGGCCACUCAACGUACUACCAGACGAUCGUGAAGUUAUUAAUGUUAGAUUUUAUCUGUACACUCGGAAGUCUCCGAAGGACUACGAAGAACUGUCGAAUUCUGAUGAAAGUAAAGUAAGAAAAUCAAAUUUUGAUCCAACCCAUAAGACAAAGUUCAUCGUCCACGGAUGGAUAGACAAUCAACUUUUUGGAUACUGGAUGAGGGAUAUGAAGGAUGAGUUUCUACUCCAUGACGAUUAUAAUGUGAUUAUUGUGGACUGGAGUGGCGGGAACGGGUUACCAUAUACACAAGCUACUUCUAACACCCGAGUUGUGGGGGCAGAAAUAGCACUACUCAUCAGCAGACUUCAGGAAUGGCUUGGUGUUCGUCAAGAAGAUUGUCAUAUCUUAGGUCACAGUCUAGGGUCUCAUGUAGCCGGUUAUGCAGGAGAAAGACUUGAAAAGUUGGGUAGGAUAACCGGCCUGGAUCCCGCGGAACCAUAUUUCCAACACAUGCCACCAGCGGUUAGGCUUGACCCAAGCGACGCUACAUUCGUUGAUGCCAUUCACACAGACUCUACAACCAUCUUAUUGUUAGGCCUUGGAAUGAGCCAAGAAGUAGGUCACGUGGACUUUUUCCCCAAUAAUGGCAAAAACCAGCCUGGGUGCAAGACAAGCAAGCUUAUAAGCUUUAUAACAGAUGGACUUAUAGAAGGAACUCGUCGAUUUAUUGCUUGUAACCACCAGAGGGCGGUAGAUUUUUUUCAUUAUUCUAUUAACCAUAAGUGUGCUCCCGUUGGAUACUUGUGCGCUAACUGGGAGAUUUUCCUGAAAGGCCAAUGUGCUGAAUGCGGACCAGAUGGUAGUCGUUGUGCGAUUUUGGGUAUGCGAGCUGAUGAAUAUCGACCAUUCAAAAACGACGAAGAACCUCAAAAAUUGUACUUAAAGACAAGUGGAUCAGCUCCAUUUUGUUUACAUUAUUAUCAAGUUCUUGUUAAGCUAUAUAAACCAAGUAAAAGCAGAGACGAGCGAGGGAAAUUAUGGAUAGCUCUACAAGGUUCGAAGGGCAGUGUCGACUUGAAGCUGAGUGAUGACGUGGAAGACUUGUACCAUGGAGCCCGAUACACUUAUCUGGCAACAACAGAUAAAGAAAUUGGCGAAGUUCAGAAGGUAACAUUCUGGUGGGAGUAUUCUUCAACUAUCUACAACCCCCUCACUUGGAUACUGUUCAGGAAACCACACCUUUAUAUCGAGUAUAUUAAAGUGACUCCUAUGAACGUCAUUGACCACAAGGCACGGCAAGAAAUGACAGUGUCAGCAUGUGAAGAUCCCAACGAAGCGAUUUAUCCGGACACUAAGAUAGCCAUGUCAUUUGGGGAUCAUUGUUAGCGGACUUGCAUUUUCCGACUUGAUUUUUAUUAGAUUUAUGAAAACUUGGAAUAAUUAUUUAUAAAUUAACCAUUUGAAUUAUGUUCAUAAAGUCUGUAAAUAAAUUCUUUAAUUAAAAAA